GAACUUCAGUCGCAAAAAAAAAUUCGCACCGACCAGAAGCUUUUUGCAACCUUUUUUCCGUUUUAAUCGCACACGAUAUAGCAGUAUUAUUGUUGUUACCACCGUUUGUUGUGGUUGUUGUUUGCAUUUUUUUUUUUUACUGUGUUUUACAAUCCGAGUGUUAAGAACCCAAAAGACUAGAAAAUAGAGAUAGAGAGUUGGAGAGCAAGAGACUCUAGAAGUGACAGCGUGUUAUUGUGUGUGUUUUACCCACUGACUUACCGGGAUCCAUCCCGAAGGUUCCGAAAGACACUUCUCGAAGUCCUUUUUUCGACCGGAAGAGGAGCAGGUCCUUCGGCCAAGGACACCAAGGACUCCAGGGACCCGGAGAACGCCGGGAAAUGCAGAGCUACGCGGAUGCACUGAGUGCCAAGGGGUAUCGCAGCUUCGGGUUCGACACCGACAUGGAAAUGGACAUGGACAUGGGAUGCACGAUGCGGCGCAUCGAGAAGCGCAAAGGCGGUGAUCUCACUGAUUCCCCAGUGGAUGAGAAGCCCGAAGCCGAUGUGGAGGUGACCAAUGAGAUCUCGGCUCCAUAUGAGGUGCCACAAUUUCCCAUUGAACAGAUCGAAAAGAAGCUGCAAAUCCAGCGUCAUCUCAAUGAAAAGCAGGCUACUGGACCUAGACCCGUGCCCGCUGCCGCCGUGUUGGCCACUCAUAGGGAAUCAUCCAGCAGCAACGAGGACCGCGAGACCACAGUCAACAUGGACAGAAUCGAUGCGGACAUCAACUUUCAGCGGGUCUCCAUUUCGGGGGAGGACACCAGCGGCGUUCCCCUCGAGGAUCUGGAGCGGGCCUCGACCCUGCUGAUCGAAGCGCUGCGCCUGCGCAGCCACUACAUGGCCAUGUCCGAUCAGUCGUUUCCCUCGACCACGGCGCGUUUCCUCAAGACGGUGAAGAUCAAGGAUCGCAUCAACAAUCUGCCUGCCAAGGAGGUGUCGGACAUCAUUCGCAAAAUGAGUGUAACGAACAUACAAGAUGUCCAUUCGAGGCCAUCGCAUAUAAAGCUAACGAAUCCGUGGAACGUGGAAUUUCCCCCAGAUGAGGAUUUUAGGAUCAAGCCACUCAACGGAGUUUUUCACAUCUACGAAAAUGAUGAUGCGAGCAGCGAUAUUAAGUUUGAAUAUCCGGAUAUGAGCCAAUUCGUGAAUGACAUGCAGGUCAUGUGCAAUAUGAUAGCUGAUGGGCCAUUGAAAUCCUUCUGCUAUCGACGCCUGUGCUAUCUGUCGUCCAAGUACCAGAUGCACGUGCUCCUGAACGAACUGCGGGAGCUGGCCGCCCAGAAGGCGGUGCCGCAUCGGGAUUUCUACAAUACCCGCAAGGUGGACACCCACAUCCAUGCAGCUUCCUGCAUGAACCAGAAGCAUCUGUUGCGCUUCAUCAAGAAGACGCUGAAGAACAACGCCAACGAGGUGGUCACCCACACCAAUGGCCAGGCAAUGACCCUGGCCCAGGUGUUCCAAUCGAUGAACCUGACCACCUACGACCUGACCGUCGACAUGCUGGACGUGCACGCGGAUCGGAAUACGUUCCACCGCUUCGACAAGUUUAACUCCAAGUACAACCCCAUCGGGGAGUCGCGGCUCAGGGAGGUGUUCCUCAAGACGGACAACUAUCUGAACGGCAAAUACUUUGCACAGAUCAUAAAGGAAGUGGCCUUCGAUCUGGAGGAGUCCAAGUACCAGAACGCCGAGCUGCGUCUCUCCAUCUAUGGCAAAUCGCCUGAUGAGUGGUUCAAGCUGGCCAAAUGGGCCAUCGACAACGAUGUGUACAGCUCGAACAUCCGCUGGCUGAUCCAGAUACCGCGCCUCUUCGACAUCUUCAAGUCGAACAAGAUGAUGAAGUCAUUCCAGGAGAUCCUGAACAACAUAUUCCUGCCGCUCUUCGAGGCGACAGCCAGACCCAGCAAGCAUCCGGAGCUGCAUCGCUUCCUGCAGUACGUGAUCGGAUUCGAUUCCGUGGACGACGAGUCCAAGCCGGAGAAUCCGCUCUUUGACAACGACGUACCCCGGCCGGAGGAGUGGACCUACGAGGAAAAUCCGCCCUAUGCGUAUUAUAUCUACUACAUGUACGCCAACAUGACGGUGCUGAAUAAGUUUAGACAAUCACGCAACAUGAACACCUUUGUGCUGCGACCCCAUUGUGGCGAGGCCGGGCCCGUGCAGCAUCUGGUGUGCGGCUUCCUGAUGGCCGAGAACAUCUCCCACGGCCUCCUGCUCCGCAAGGUGCCCGUGCUGCAGUAUCUGUAUUACCUGACCCAGAUCGGAAUAGCCAUGUCGCCGUUGUCGAACAACUCGCUGUUCCUCAAUUACCAUCGCAACCCGCUGCCGGAGUAUUUGGCCCGGGGUCUCAUCAUCUCCCUUUCGACGGAUGACCCUCUGCAAUUCCACUUCACCAAGGAACCCCUCAUGGAGGAGUACAGCAUUGCGGCCCAGGUGUGGAAGCUCAGCUCCUGCGACAUGUGCGAACUGGCCAGGAACAGUGUGAUGAUGAGUGGAUUCCCACACGUCAUCAAACAACAGUGGCUGGGACCUGUUUACUACGAAGACGGCAUCAUGGGUAACGACAUCACCCGCACGAAUGUGCCCGAGAUCCGGGUGGCCUAUCGCUACGAGACGCUGCUGGACGAGCUCUCCAACAUUUUUAAGGUGAACCAGACCUGCUCCGUCUCAGACCUGCACGCAUCGUAGUCUGGGUGGCGGUCCUUCUGCUCCAUCGCGUUGUUGUGGCUUCCUACGCUAACUUAAUGCAAAUUACGCAGAUAUAUACGCUAGUUAUAUACAUAAUUUAAAUGUUUCUGUACUAACCAAAUUGUAAGCGCGGCAGACCAAAACCUUUAAAUAUACAAAACUUGUACACGCAA